AAUACUCGAACUCCUCCAAUCCAAUUUAUUCCAUCAAGCAGCAUUUGGUUCAAACGAAGAGCAUGGAGAUGGCAAGUCGUAUCAUCUUCCUCGCCCUCGUCGCCUUAGCUUCCACCAGUCCUGCCAUGGCUUCUGAUCCCAACCAGCUCGGAGAUUCAUGUAUCCCUACCCUUGCAGCUUUGGUCAAUGGCCUGGCCUGUAAGGACGCACAGAUGGUCACCGUCGACGACUUCUUCUUCAGUGGCCUCGACAAGCCUGGUAACACUUCGAAUGCCGUCGGCUCCAAGGUGACCCCUGUCAGCGUGGCUCAGAUUCCUGGGCUGAACACACUGGGCAUCUCCUUGGUUCGCAUCGACUACGCUCCCUUUGGCCUUAACCCACCACACACCCACCCGCGCGCCACCGAGGUCCUCGUCGUGCUGAAAGGCGCCCUUCUCGUUGGCUUUGUGACCUCCAACCCUGAGAACAAACACCACACCAAGGUUCUUAACAAGGGCGACGUGUUUGUGUUCCCUCAAGGUCUAAUCCACUACCAAUACAACAACUGGACCACCAACUCUGUGGCCAUUGCCGGCCUCAGCAGCCAGAACCCUGGCGUUAUCACUGUCGGCAAUGCUAUCUUUGGAUCGACGCCGCCCAUCUCCGACGAUGUGCUCGCGAAGGCCUUCCAUGUGAGCAAGGAGACAGUCGACGCAAUCCGGGCCAAGUUCUGA